AUGUUAGUGAACAAAAUCUAUGGUUUAUUACAAAAAAGAAAUGAAAAAGAAAGUUCACUUUCUUUCUAAUGCUAGUGGCCAUCUCUCUCUCUCUCUCUCUCUCUCUCUCUCUCUCUCUCUCUCUCUCUCUCUCUCUCUCUCUCUUAUUAUUACCCUUUCAUAUUCUUAGCCUCAUGUGAACUACAAACUUUGUAACAAAAACAUGUUAUCAUCAAAACACAACAAAGUGUGAAAAAAUCUAUAGUAGAUGGAGGAUUUUAUUAUUAUCAAAAGAAGAAAUGAAUGAAAACAAAGAUCAACAAAACCCUCCAACAUCACAAGAAUCACCAAGAAAACAAAACAUUAAUAUAGGAAGUGGAAGUACUACAAAUGAGAGACUAAAAAGAGAUGAAUGGAGUGAAGGAGCAGUAACAACACUUCUUGAAGCAUAUGAAUCAAAAUGGAUACUAAGAAACAGAGCAAAACUCAAAGGACAAGAUUGGGAAGAUGUUGCAAAACAUGUUUCAUCAAGAUCAAACUCAACAAAAUCACCAAAGACACAAACACAGUGUAAGAAUAAGAUUGAGUCUAUGAAAAAAAGGUAUAGAUCAGAAUCAGCUAGUUCAGAUGUUUCAGCUUGGCCUUUGUAUUCAAGACUUGAUCUUCUUCUUCGUGGGACAGGACAAUUAUCUACUACAACAACAGUAGUAGCUUCACAAUUGCAACAUGUAAGUAGUAAUAAUAAUAAUAAUAAUCAUCAUGGUUUGGUUUUGUUGGAACCUUCUUCACUUGUUGUGUCACAAGGACAAGAAGAAGCUCAUCAGUCACUAGCUCCUACUAGUGUUGCUAAUCCACCAAUUGCAAUUGCUCAAAAUUCACAUGGAUCAAAUGGGGUUGAUAAAUUACCCAAGGAAGAUGAGUUAGAAACUAAAUCAUCUGACCAUAUAGCUAACAAGAAUCCGGUGGACACGGAUAGUAGCACGCCCGCGCUUUAUAGCGAAAAGGACGAGCAAAGAUCGAAAAAGAGGAGAAUACGAACAGAGAAGAAUAAUAACAAGAGACAAAAGAAAGAAGCAAUGGGAAUAGCUGAAAGCAUAAGGUGGCUAGCAGAAGUAGUUGUAAGGUCAGAACAAACAAGAAUGGAGACAUUGAAAGAGAUAGAAAAGAUGAGAGUUGAAGCUGAAGCAAAGAGAGGUGAAAUGGAAAUCAAGAGAACUGAAAUUCUUGCUAAUACACAACUUGAGAUUGCUAGAAUAUUUGCAAAUGUUAAUAAUAAAGAUAAAGAUGUUGAUUCAUCAUUGAGAAUUGGAAGAAGUUAAUAUAUGUUGUAUUUAUAAUUAUAUCACAACUUUGUAGUUCACCUAACUAGUGAAGAGAUCACCAUAUGAUAAUAAUUAUAAUCUCUCCUAAUUAACUUUAAUUGUAGAUGGUUAAUUGUAACCUUCUCUUCAAUUAAUUAACAAAUGAAGGGAUGCUUGUUUAUUGUUUCUUGGAUUA